AUGACUGAAUUACGGAUACUUGAAGAAGUGACCAGUGCCGAUAUUUUUAAGUGGUGUCGGGAAAAGGGGGUGGACCCCCUAUGUAGUUUUGGAUUAUGGGGAAAUCUGUCUGGGGUGAGUGACGAAGCAACUUUACGAGUGGUGGCUAACAUGUAUGAUGUUAGUCAGCCCUGCCUAGUAGAUAGGUGGAGAGGAUCUAAUGGUGAUACAUUUGCUUUUUUGGUCAGCAACCGGCAUUCAUUAGAUCGAACCUUAAUACCAAUCCGAGUGGUAGUGGGAGAUGCUCCUGGUUGGAAGAUUCAAGUGAUAUGGCCAGAUGGGAAUGACUGUAUGGAUGAAGAAGCAACCUCUGGGGGAGACUCCGGGACAGGUGCGCAUGCCAUCGGGAAGUGUAUGACUACAGUUGGGGUGGAAGCAGGAGGUUCAGAGAAUAAAGAUGGAACCGUGGGAACCGGGGUUGAUGUAGUGGUGGAUAAGAUGGUCAGCCAGCUAGAACGAUGGCACUAUGAAGGGGGCUAUCGUCGAUUGAGGAUGUUCUCCGGGAUUAUUCCUGUGCCGGUGGGUGAAGAAACCUAUGACACCUGGCGGGAGACGGCUGUUCAACAUUCGGAAGAAUGGCAGUGUCCGGAACAUGUAAAAAGACAACGAAUAGUGGAAAGUCUCCGAGGUCCAGCAAUGGGGGUGAUUCAGGCUACUAGGAGGAGCAAGCCAACAGCUACCUUAAAAGAUUAUAUUGAGGCCCUGGACUUUUCCUUUGGUACCCUAGAAGAUGUAGGGGAUUUGAUGGCAAGACUACACCGAACUUACCAAGAGCCCGGAGAAACGUUGACCCAGUACAUAUAUAGGGUUGAUAGAUUGAUCUACAAAAUUGUAGACAAAGGUGGAAUAACUAAAGCCUCCGUAGAUGAGAGUCGCAUGAGGCAAGUGCUAAAAGGGGCGUUGACCAACAACCCAGUGGCCCAACGAUUAAGAUGCGUUCGGACUUCGGGGCCUCCACCCACGUUAAAUUAA